AUGCCCAAGCUCGCCGUCCUCCUCGCCGCCCUCGUGCUCGCCCUCGUCAUGGUGACCCUCACGGCCGCCGCGCCAAUCGCCCACACCGACUGGCGCGACCUCGCCCUGCGCGCCCUCGCGCCACCUGCCAAAGUCGAGGUGUGCCCCCGGCCGGUGGUCAAGAGCUUGCGCGGGCGGCGCGUCGUGAUCGCCGAGAUGCCGGUGCGGCCUGGGGGCGUUGCUCGUACCUGCGCUCCUGCGCCGAUUGCCUCGCCCAAGACCACGGUUGCUGUUCGUCGUCGUGCCCUCCAGAUGGCGCCAGGCUCCUAA